AUGUCGAACACGAAAUACGCCCCAGAGAUUGAUGAUGCGAAACCGCCGUGCUCAGAUACCCCCUACAAACCGGCUGAAGAAUGGCCCGCUCAACCCGCAGAAAGAGCAUACUACCAACGCGACAACGUGUUCAUGAAGCGGAGUUUACGACCAAGCGAGUUCAUCACGAACUUGGAAGGUACGGUCCAUAUCCCUCGACGAGCGAAGGAAUUGCUUCAGAACGAGGCCGCAUCGCUACGGUUGGUUCGAAAUGCCGGCAUUCCGGUUCCUACCGUCUAUGGUGCAUUCGAAGUCAAUGACUCGUUUUUCCUAAUCACGGAAUAUAUCGAACGCAUAUCUAUGAGAGACCUAACGGAUGAUCAGAAGGAAGUCGUACGGGCUGAAAUUGAUCAACAUCUUGCUAUGCUUCGAGUGCUUAGAUCUUGUGAACUUGGAGGACCUUCGGGAAUCGUGUUGCCGCCGUAUAGAGUAAUGGAAUGCACAGAUAAAGAUGCUUGGUCACUGCGACCAUCCGGAAGUGAUGAAUAUGUAUUUUGUCACAAUUACCUCACUCACUCCAACAUUAAUGUCGACCCAGUGUCCUUGCUUGGGAGUAUGCUGGUUUCGUACCUGAUAUCUUCGAAGGGCAUUUCUACAAGCGGACUGGAACCAGGACCACCCUGUCAGUGGCUUUAG